AUGUCCCAGGCGACUACGAGACCGUUGGCCGAGCUCGAUAUCGACGAUCCGGAUCUCACCGAUGAGGAGCUGGACGCCCUCCUGACGAAGCUUGCUGAAGAAGAGGCGGCGGAGCGCCUAGGGGCUGACGACGAGGACGACGAGGACGACGAUUCCUCCAAGUCUGCGAGCAUGGGCACGCUCAUCGCGGCCGUCGUCGGUACCGUGUUGCUUGCGGCCUCCACUUUCAUCGUCAGGAAGCUGAGGAGGAAGAAGGCGCCGCCACCGGCGAACGUGCCCUCGGAUGAGCCCACAAUCCUCCAGGCCCCGGGCACCAGCAACAACGUGGUGCGCAGGAAGAAGCCGGUGAAGAAGAAGGUGGUGAAGAAGAAGACCGCGGAUAAGAAGGCGUGCGCCCACUGCGGCGCCACCGAGGCCAAGACCGCUUCCGGCAAGCUCCUCCGCUGCGGCCGGUGCAAGGCGGUCUCCUUCUGCAGCGCCGAUUGCCAAAAGGCCCACUGGCCGACCCACAAGUCCGAGUGCAAGCCCGCGGAGGCACCCGCUCCCGCCGCCCCGGCCGCCGCCCCGGCCGCCGCGACCGCCCCGGCCCUCAACGCGGCUGCGCCGGCCUUCGUUCCCCCCGGAUCAUCCACCCCGGCAGCCCCGGCAGCCCCCGCGGCGGAUGGCAAUCCCGCGAAUGCGCCUGGCGCGGAUGAGCCCCCGUCCGCGGCGGCUGAUCCCGACGCGGACGACGCCGCCCGCAGGGCUGCGCUGCAGGAGAGGAUCAACAACGACCGCGAGAACAUGCGCAAGCUGCAGCAGCUUCGCAUCUACCUGCAGGCUGCGUCCCAGAUGUUCUGGCGGGGCGAGUAUCGCAGGGCGGUUGAGGUACUCCAGCAGGUUGCGGAAAAGUGCCACGGCAUCCCGAGCGGCGAGAUGAUGGAGUGCGAGGCUCUCCGCCUGUGCGGCCACUGCCUGAUCCGCCUGAAGCAGUUCGACGCCGCGGACAGGUGCCUCGACAUGUGCAUGGACGUCGCCAAGACGGUCGAGAUGCCCGCGCUCAUCGCCAACGUGCACAUCGCGCAGGGGCAGCUCGCGUCCCAGCGGGAGCCCCCCGAUUACCCCGAGGCGCUCAAACACCACGAGGCGGCGAGGGUCAUCGCCAGGGAGUGCGAGGAUAUCUCCGCCGAGGCUGCGGCGUGUCUCAACUGCGCCAACACGAUGGGUAAGAUGGGCGACAAGGAGCGCGGCAUGGAGCUCCAGUACGAGGCCCUGGGGCUGAGGCGCAAGCAGGUGGCGGACGCGCAGCUCGAGAUUGCAGAGGCGAAGAAGAUCCUGGACGAGAACCCCCCGGCGUCGACGGACGUACCCGAGGGGGCUACCACCCAGGAGCAGGCCGCCGCCGCCGCCGCGGACCCGACGCAGGUCAAGCGCAGGCGCGCCAUGAUGGACCUGGCCAACUCCAAGAGGUCGCUCCAGGAGGCUAGGCGCGCGGAGGCGGCGGCGCUCGCCAACGUCGCCACCGCCGUCGCCGGGGCGGAUGGGGACAAGGCGUCGCGAGCGACGGACGCCGCGGCGCUGUACGAACAGUCGAUCGAGAUUUUGCGAUCCGAGGACUCGUUCACGGACAAGCAGCUGGAGCUCGCGGUGGUCCUGAACCUCGCCAACGUGUACGAUAACCACGUCCCGAACGGCCACGGCACGGGCGUCGAGUACCGGAGGGAGCUCGACGAGAUGGUUCGUAAAAACGUGCAAGGCAAGGAGGGCCUCCCUGACGUUUGCGGCGUGUGCGAGGAACGGACGAACCCGCUCGACAUGGUGAGGACGAGCGAGAGGGGCGUGGAUGAGGACGCGGACGAUAUGACGGCGCUCACCGUCCUCGACUGCAUGCACUGCCACCACUCCAAGUGCUGGACCGCGCGCAAGGAAACCGGCAAGGGGUGCCCGGACUGCCACAGGGACGAGCCCGACGGGAACGCGUUCGUGUGA